AUGGCUAAAUCGUCAUUCAAUUUAAAAUCACCACCUAAAGGUUUGAUCACCUCACUGAAUUUUGAUCAUCAUGGCCGGUUGUACGUCUCGUCUUUUGAGGGUGAAAUUUUUAUGUACACCAACCUUCCAGAUUCGACAUGCCCUUUUGUAGUUAAAAAUUUACCUGAAUCAAUAUUAGACACUUGUCUUCAGAGUUCUGAUGGCAUUGAUUCUGACAUUCUUAUUGGAGGGGUCUUAGGUACAGUCUAUCAAUUCAAUACGUAUACGCAGAAGCUGCUGACAUGUCCAUUUAAACAUAAGUCCGGUGUUCAAUGCUUGGAACGAAAUGAAGAUUUUAAUGUUAUCCUAACUGGGUCAUGGGAUAAUACUGGCUGGAUUAUUCCUGAAAACAGCAAUGGCGUUGGUGCUGAUGCUAGAAAGAUUACACUUAACGGGAAGGUGCAGGCAAUGGAUAGCUCUGGAAAUUAUUUGAUAUAUGCACUUUCAACUGGUCAAAAUGUCGUCUAUGAUUUACGAAGGACAGAAAUUCCAAUCAGGACAGAAGCGACUAGUUUUAAAACUUCAUUAGUUACAUGUUUGCGUGCAAUUCCUCAAGGGAAAGGCUUUGUUGAAGGUUCCAUUGAGGGCAAAGCUUCUGUGGAAACCUUUUCGGGUGAGACAAAAUAUACAUUCAAAUGCCAUAGGACGCCAUUAGUUGAUGAUGUGGAUUUUGCUGGCCCUAUAAAUGAUUUGUGCUUUAUUGAUGAAAAGCGCUUUUUUACUGCUGGAUCAAACGUAGAUCGUCGCGUUUGCCUAUGGGAUUAUACAAAGCAGAAACGUCUCAGACAAUACAGUAAUCUUCCUAUGGGUGUAAGUUGUCUUAAAUAUUCGCCAAAACUUCGUCUGUUGGCGUUGGCUACGUGCGACGAUUCGUUCAAAAAUUCUGUCAGCAUAUCCAAUCCUAAAUUUCCAGAUCGUGCAUCAUGCCUAACCGUAAUACCGAUUAAUUAUUAA